CCUACUUGGCUGAUUGACGUCAAGGAGGGACGUUUAUUCCAAGGAAAUCAUCAGAACAGAUAUAUCGCUCUUAGUUAUACUUGGCAUGACAGUGCGAAUGGAAUUGACCGCAUGAAUCAGCUAAAACUCCUUACCAGCAACAUGAGUUCGAUGCUGGCACCUAAUUCACUGAAGCGAAACACAUCGCAACUACCUGCUAUUAUCCAAGACGCUAUCGAACUGACAGGCAACAUUGGAGAGCGGUAUCUGUGGGUUGGUAGGCUAUGUAUAGUCCAAGACGGGCCGCAGAAACAGUUUGAGUGUAUGCGCAUGGACGAGAUCUACUCCGGUGCUUAUGUGACAAUAGUCGCUACUGCGGAGGGUGGACUGUUCAGGAACUAUGGCAAAGGUUCGAAGCGAUCCGUGAACAAAACCUCUCAUAAUCACGACGCACGUAUCAUUCGUUACCACCAAGAAUUAGUCCUGUCGAGAUGGUCUAAUAGAGAGUGGACGUACAAGGAGUACAUUAUUAGCAAACUUGCGGUUUUCUUUCUCAAAAACUCGGUGUUUUGGCAAUGCGAGUGCGCAGUUUGGGAUACAGCCUCCCUUAGACCAAAUAAGAACGACGAAGCCACCAACAGUAACAUAACAUCAAAUUCGUCACUUCUCCGACGGCUUGACACAUUAAAUUCGCCUGAAUUUGGCAUCUGCACUGACCUGGUUUCUCCAUAUAACGGACGGGAGCUAUCGUUUCAGGAGGAUGGCCUCACGGCAUGCUUGGGUAUUCUAAACCGCCUGUUCCCAGCAUUUCCUGGCGGGUUCACUUUUGGUCUGCCAAGACACUAUCUGUAUUACGCCCUACUCUGGCAGCCUUUGAGAGGACCAUUCGACGAUGUCGACUCCGCAUAUUUAUUCUCAGCGUUCCUUCGACCCACGGGAGACUCGAUAUGUGGGCGGGGACAAAUUUUGGAACUUAUUGCAAUAUCAGCAGGAAGUGCAACUGGAAGAGAUCUGAAAGAUACAUUUGCGGACAGGGUACUCCGAAGAAGCAGAUAUCAUGACGGGAGGCCAUUUCAUGCCAUCUAUGAUCAAUACGAGCGAUGGAUUGAUGUUUCAGAUGAUCAAUCUUCUGAAUUUAAACCAUUGAGUCGUUGCAGUAGUAAUACGAGAAUCAGAUUCAGUGUUCAGCAGGAGAUUAUCAAGAUGGAAUGGUAUAUGAGUUUUUCAACGUUCUCUGGGUCUUAA